GCCUCUCUUUCAUGGGCUGGGGUGGGUGGGUUGGUGGGUUGGUUGGUUGGUUGAUUUCUGAGUGUGGUGACUGUCCUAUUUCCAACUGCUCUUGAGAACAAACACCUUGCUUGCUCCAGGAUAGUGAAAGUCUAGGGAAAAAAGAAAGCUCUUCUAUUAAGAAAUAAUAUGUUCUCACAAACUGAUGGGGAAAAGUAGUAAGUACACACACAGACACACAGAAACACACACACACCCCUAGCACUAAGGCCUCCUGAGAAAUACUCUGGAACCACAGGGAUCAGGACUGAAAAAUCUAGAAACAUUGGACCAUAAUUCCGAAUAACCACAUUCACAUGGCAUUGAACAUGGGCAGCCCCUUCUGUGGCUGGCAUGGGCCUCAGGACUCCCCAUUGUCUCUGAUUCACCUGCUUCGCCCACUCACUGCAACUGCUGGCCCCUGUGGGCAGUUUAGGUUUUGAUUUCUGUCCUAGAGGAGUAAUACCAAAAACUAACACGUAUUUACUGACUGUGUGCCUGGCUGUGUUCUAAGUGCAUUGCACAUAUUAACUCAUUUUAGCCUCAAAGUAACAAUGAGCUAGACACUGUUCUUAUGCCCGUUCACUCAAGGAAUAUUCACUGAGGGCCCCAACCUACCGGGCACCAUGCUGGCAAAGGAGAUGUGGCUGGGAACAAAACAGACAGCAUCCCAGCCUUCUCGGAGCUUUUGUUCUGAUGUGGACACACACAGCACACGGGGUAAUUCAAAGUGAGUAAGAAGGUGUAUGUACGAGGGAGAAAAAUAAAGUGGGGUUUGGGGCGUGCGAAUGGUUGGGGGCAGGGUGUGCUGUUGUAAAUAGAGUGGUCAGUGCAGGCCUUGCCGAGAAGGUGACAUUAGAGGAAGGUGAAGGAUUAGAAGAGCGUUCUAGGCAGAGAGAUGUUAAGAAACACACCUAGGGGCGCACAGCCAGUAAGCUGCAAAGCUGGGAUUUAACCUGGGCUGGCUCGGGAGCCUGGCUCUUAACGACUACAGUUUAGAGCUCGAUGCGAGAUGCCACUCCUUCCCCGCGGGACCCUCAGUGUUUGGGGCGAAGACAGGCCGUGAGCGAUGUGGUGGUUCCCUGAGAGCUGGAGUAAGGGAGGAGGAGGGACGGACAAGGGGCAGCAAGGAAGGCCAAGGCUUUGGCUCUGAAACUUCUGACCUUCUGUCCCGUCCUCCCAGAAGGCCACCUGCUGUCAGCUCUUUCUUUUAAUCUGGGGGGGGUUAGUUCUUGGAGCCUGCCCCCCCAUCCUGGCCCCUCCUCCCUCCAAGUACUGGGGUGAACCGGCCACAAAUCCUCUAAUCUGUCAGCACCUUCGCGUCGGUCUCCAGCAGCGCCUGGCCCUCGACGGCCGGGAGACCACGUCGCUCCCACCCGCCCGCCCAGCCACCGCUGCCCGGCCGGGCCCACGCGGCCUCACCCAUGGGGAACAGCAAAAGUGGGGCCCUGUCCAAGGAGAUCCUGGAGGAGCUUCAGCUGAACACCAAGUUCACGGAGGAAGAGCUGUGCUCCUGGUACCAGUCCUUCCUGAAGGAGUGCCCCAGCGGCCGCAUCACCCGCCAGGAGUUCCAGAGCAUCUAUGCCAAGUUCUUCCCCGAGGCCGACCCCAAGGCCUACGCCCAGCACGUGUUCCGCAGCUUUGACGCCAACAGCGACGGCACCCUGGACUUCAAGGAGUACGUCAUCGCCCUGCACAUGACCUCGGCGGGCAAGACCACCCAGAAGCUGGAGUGGGCCUUCUCCCUCUACGAUGUGGAUGGCAACGGGGCCAUCAGCAAGAGCGAAGUGCUGGAGAUCGUCAUGGCAAUUUUCAAAAUGAUCAGUCCUGAGGACGUGAAGCACCUUCCAGAAGAUGAAAACACGCCCGAGAAGCGAGCCGAGAAGAUCUGGGGGUUCUUUGGAAAGAAAGAUGAUGAUAAACUAACAGAAGAAGAGUUCAUCGAGGGGACCCUGGCCAAUAAGGAAAUUCUGCGACUGAUCCAAUUUGAGCCUCGAAAAGUGAAGGAAAAAUUGAAGGAAAAAAAACCCUGAUGUCUACUGCUCGGCCCUGCCCCCUCCCCUCCCCAGGCACAGAACCCCACGUGAGCAUGCGCAGACGCCCCAGGGGCCAAGGGGCCUUCCUUGGCCUUAGCGUUCCUCCCUGUUCUACCCUUCCACCGCGUCUCCCAUGCCCUCGGCCCAUGCCUCCGUGAUAAUCCCAGGAUUAGGUCACAGAAGUCCUCGAUGUCACCCCUGAGUAAGCUCCUUUGUGGGUUGCUGGGUAAGCAGGUUCCAAUAAAUGCCGGAGGAGCUGGG